AUCUAAUUAAGUAGCCUCCUCCUCAGCUCCUCUUCCCCAUCUCUCUCUAUCAGAAACUCUUUCUCCAAAAAUGGCAGAGCCAAGUUUCUAUAUCGGAGUCAUAGGAAAUGUAAUCUCCGUUCUUGUCUUCCUCUCACCAGUGGAGACGUUUUGGAAAAUAGUGAAGAGGAGAUCAACGGAGGAGUACAAAAGCUUGCCUUACAUUUGCACGUUGCUAGGAUCGUCUCUAUGGACGUAUUACGGCAUCGUUACUCCCGGAGAGUAUCUUGUUUCCACCGUCAAUGGCUUUGGUGCUCUUGUUGAAACCAUCUACGUUUCUCUUUUUCUCUUUUAUGCCCCUCGACAUCUCAAGCUGAACACAAUUAUAGUGGUAGGGAUGUUGAACGUGUUUUUCCCGAUCGUAGCGAUUGUGGCAACGAGAAGUGCGUUUGAAGAUGAGAAGAUGCGUUCUCAAUCGAUAGGUUUCAUCUCUGCUGGUCUAAACAUUAUAAUGUAUGGUUCUCCUCUUUCUGCUAUGAAAACAGUAGUGACGACAAAGAGCGUGAAAUACAUGCCGUUUUGGUUGUCGUUUUUCCUCUUCUUAAACGGCGCGAUUUGGGCUGUCUAUGCUUCACUCCAACACGACGUUUUCUUACUCGUGCCAAAUGGAGUGGGGUUCGUGUUUGGGACAAUGCAACUCAUACUUUAUGGAAUUUAUAGAAAUGCCAAACCUGUGGGUUUAAGCAACGGCUUAACUGAGAUUGUUCAUGACCAAGAUGAAGAGGAAGGUCUCACGUCACGUGUUGUCCCUCUCCUCUCUUAAAAUCUAGCUAGCUAGUAUUUUUCUUUCGUGUUGUGAUUUAAUUUCCAAUUUAUUAGAUUUUUCUUUUAUU